AUGGCAGAAAAUAUACCUGGGGGAAUAGUAGCAGCCGCAAAGAAUCGCUUGCAGGUGGUUAGAGGCUUGGAGGAUGUGGAAGUGUCAGAGUGUGAGAGUUGCUCUUUCGAGGUGAUCCUCAAUUUGUCAUACAUUGAGGGAGUUUGGACCAAGGAUGGAGUUCGGGUCAAGUCCAAACCCAACUGUCGCAUCAGCACACAUGGGAAGACGCAUUCGCUCAUAUUGACCAGAGUGGCUCUGGCAGACGUGGGUUUGAUCUCUUUCCAGGCCAACGGCAUUCAGACCUCUGGCAGACUCACUGUUAGAGCUAGGGACAUCCGAAUUAUUCAGGAACUGCAAGACGUUGAUACUAUGGAACGCCAACCUGUCAACUUCCUGUGUGAAGUAAACCAAGUGGAUGUGGAUGGUCGAUGGUACAGAGAUGACUGUCGGAUCCGACCUGGAGACAACAUUAAGAUUAGACAUCAGGGUAAAACCCACACAAUGGCUUUUAAGUCGGUCAGGCCAGAGCACGCUGGAGAAAUCAGAUUCACUGCUGAGCGUGUCUCGUCUUACGCAACUCUUAAAGUAACAGAGCUGCCAGUCCAAAUAGUUCGACCCCUGAGAGUCAAGAUAGCCAUGUAUCAUCACAGAGGCCUGCUGGAGUGCCAGGUUUCUCGGGCCAAUGCUCAAGUCAAGUGGUACAAGAACAAAAAGGAGCUUGUGUCCAGCAAAAAAUACCAACUAGUUAGCCAAGAUGUCUAUAGGCAGCUUACCAUUGAUGACGUCUGUUCUUCAGAUGAAGACACCUACACUUGCGAUGCUGGCGAUGACAAAACUUGUUGUCAGCUUCUAGUAGAGGAGCAGGCGAUGAGCAUUGUUCGAGACAUGAGCUCAGUGGAAGUGACCGAACCAGAGCCAGCGCUCUUCCAGGUAGAGACCAGCCUAAAGUCGGGAAGGCCGCCCAGAUGGACCCUCAAUGGGAAUGUAUUGGAGCCUAGCGAAGCGGUGGAUAUCUACAGGGAGGGAACCAUCCACAGCCUUUGCCUUACCUCCACAGACAGUUCCAUGUCAGGGCUUGUGGUUUUUGUUGCCGGCAAGAGCCGCUCUACUGCCCAGCUUACGGUAAAAGAGCGACCCCUCCAAGUUGUCCGCAAUUUGGAAGAUGUGGAAGCCAAGGAGAACAGCUCUGUCACUCUGAGCUGUGAGUUUGCCCCCUCCCCCAGGGUGGUGAGGUGGUUUAAAGGUCGUACAGCUCUCAAGACGUCAAACAAGUAUUGCACGAGAAGAGAUAGAAAACGUGCAGAGCUGACAAUCCAUGGCUUGGUCGGGAUGGAUGCUGGGCAGUACCGUUGUGUGGCGGGGGGAGCACAGAGCACGUCAUAUGUUAAGGUCGAAGUGAGAAAGCUGAAGCUAGUCAAACAUCUUGAACCAGUGGAACUUGAAGAGGACGGCAUUGCCAGUUUCUCUUGUGAGCUCAACUACGUGGUUGCCAACGUAGAGUGGCUCCUCAACAAUGUCCGCCUCUAUUCCAAUGCCAUAAACAGGAUCCAGCACAUGGGAACAAUGCACAGCCUUAAUAUUAAGAAGCUUAGGCCCCAGCAUAGCAAGGUCACAUUUAAAGCCGGCCUUCUUUCAGAGACAACAACUUUAAAGGUCAAAGAGCGCCCAGCAGUCUUCCUAAGACCUCUAGAGGAUGCUAUUGGGGAAGAGCAAGGAGAGGUCUGCCUCCAAUGUGAAAUUUCCAAAGAAUCUGUGAUCCCAGUCUGGAGAAAGAAUGGCAUUGUCCUAACACCUGAUGAAAAACACGAGUUGUGCCAGUACGGAAGGUCCAUGGCAUUGAUUGUUCGUUGCUUGAGCAAAGAUGAUGCUGGACACUACACCUGUGAUCUGGGCACCAGCCAGACCAAGGCCAAAGUUUCCGUACAUGAUUUACAUAUCACCAUCAUCCAGCGCUUGAAGACGACAUCUGUGCUUGAAGGUGAAAGCUGCACUUUUGAAUGUCAGCUCUCCCACAAUCUUAGUGAUGAGUGUUCCUGGACCAUCAACGGUCAAGUGGUUGUCUCCAACGGCCACUUCAAGGUCAUCAACAAUGGUCGCAAGUACAAGUUGAGCAUUAAAGGUGCUGUUUUGUCCGAUGCUGGAGAAGUGAUCUUUACAAUUAAAGACUUAACCUGUAGAACCAUGCUUUUCGUCAAAGAGAGACCAGUGCACAUUUUUAGGGAUCUUCAAAAUAUCAAGACUGUUCCGGGUGAGGAUGCUGAGCUAAAUUGUGAGAUCACCAAACCUGAGGUCAGAAUCCACUGGCUGAAAAAUGGCCAUUUAAUCAGGCAGAGCCACAGAUAUCGGAUGAGUGUGGAAAAAAACCUGGCAAGGCUGAUAAUCAGGAACACCACAAUUAGAGACUCGGGAGAGUACUGCUGUCAAGCCGAUGGGGUUGCCUCUCGCGCCAAGCUAGAGGUCAGAGAACUGCAGCACUCAUUUGCAAGGGAGUUAAAGGAUACCCAAGCAGAAGAAAAGACUAAAGUCACCCUGGAGUGCGAGACCAGACAGCCUGCCAAGCGAGUCACCUGGCUGAAGGGCAUGAUGGAACUUAGGUCAAGUAAGAAGUAUGUUAUGAGGCAGAAGGGUGUGGUCCUGUCUCUCACCAUCACUUAUCUGGAGAAGUUGGACACGGAUAUCUACACAUGUGAUGUUGGUACCAUGCAGAGCCGUGCACAGGUGACAGUGCAAGGCCAGAGAGUGGUAAUCCUGGAUGAACUGGAAGACAUUGAGUGCCUUGAAGGUGACACAGUCACAUUCAAGUGUCAAAUCUGUCCGGGUGACUACACGAGUGUGAAGUGGUACCUGGACGAGACUCUGCUCUACAAUAAUCAACUUAAUGAGAUCCAAAUGCUAGCAGGAGGCUAUCACACAUUGACAUUUAGACAGCUAGCCCGCAAAGACACUGGUACCAUUUCCUUUGCAGCCGGUGACAAACGAUCAUAUGCGUCUCUCUUGGUCAGAGAGAGGCGUCCGACCAUUUGUAAAGCUCUUGAAGACUGUGAGGCCAUUGAAGGAGGGGGUCUAGUUUUGUCCUGCAUGACCUCAAAGCCCUGUCACAUCCUGUGGUACAAAGACUGCUGCCUGAUGUGGAAUUCUUCGAGGUACUUUGCCAGUCGUUCUGGGUGUGAGGCUCGACUGACAAUUCGGGAGGUCUGUCAAAGUGAUGCCGGGGUGUACGAAUGCAGUGCUGGCUCUGUUACAACGAGGGCUGUCGUAACUGUUAAAGCUAUCCCAGCUGAAUUCACAAAGCCUCUGCAGAAUGUAGAAUCACGAGAAGGUGAAACUGCAACACUGACUUGUGAGUACUCUCUACCGGGAGUCCAGUUCCAAUGGAAAAAAGGUGUAGAGAGCCUCAGGCCUAGUGACAAGUAUGCGAUGAAACAGAAACAGACCAUCAAUUCACUCAUAAUCCGAGCUCUGAAGCCAGAGGACUCAGGGGAGUAUACCUGCCAAUGCAGAGGCCACCACACUACAGCAAGGCUAAAAGUACAAGCUAUUCCGAUUACGUUCAUCCAGCAGCUGAAGAACAUGCACGCGGAGGAAGGGAGCAACGUCAUAUUGCGCUGUGAACUUUCUAAAUCUGGAAUGCCAGUCGAAUGGGCAAAGGGGCAAGAUGUGUUGAAGAAUGGAGUCAAGUACCAGAUGAGAAGAUGGGAGACGACCCUGGAACUUUUGAUAUGGAAAGCUGUUCCUGAAGACAGUGGGUUUUACAAGUGUUUGUGUGCCGAUCAGGUCACAUCCGCCACUGUCAAAAUCAAAGCUCAGCCGCUCAACUUCAAGCAGAAGCUGCACAAUGUUACCAUCGAAGAGGGGAGCACUGCAACUUUACGAUGUGAGCUUUCCAAAGCAUCUCUGUUUGUUGAGUGGAGGAAGGCUGGGGAUGAGCUGAUCAAGCAUGGCAACAAAUAUCAUAUUCGCCAGAGAGAGACAUUGAUUGAACUGAGGAUCCUGGAUGUGACACCACAGGACAGUGACAUCUACACGUGUAUUUGUGGCAGUAUAGAGACCACAGCUACUCUUACUGUGAAUGCACUUCCAAUCACCUUUAAGCAGAAACUUAAGAACCUUCAAGUUGAGGAAGGACACAACAUCAUGCUGUCUUGUGAGAUCUCUAAGCCUGGUCUUCCCGUGGAGUGGAGGCGGGCUGGUGAGCUGCUAGAGAAUGGAGAGAAGUACCAGAUGAAGCAGAGAGGCUCUGUGCUGGAGCUGACUAUCCAAGAUGCUCUACCGGAAGACAGCGGCGUCUACUCCUGUGUCUGCAGAGACCAGAAGACAAAGGCCACAGUUAAAGUCAUUGCUGUUCCCGCCACAUUUAAAGGGGGUCUGAAAGGCCAGGAGGCAGAAGAGGGUGAUAGUGUGACAAUGCACUGCGAAAUAUCCAAAACAAAUGCCCCAGUAGAGUGGCAGAAAGAUGGACAAGUGCUGUCUGAGGAGAUGUCGUCAAGGAAAUAUUAUCUGAAACUCCAAGGGAAGAUAGCUGAGUUGACAAUUGUGAACGUUCAAGAGGAAGACGCAGGGAGGUACAGCUGCAUUACUGGGAAUGAGAAAACCACUGCUGAGCUCAAAGUGAACCCACUUCCUGUCACAUUUAAACGUAAGAUCCAGAAUUUGGAAGUGAAAGAAGGUGACAGUGGGAAUUUCUGCUGUGAGCUCUCGAAACCUGGAGCUCCAGUGGAGUGGAGGAAAGGUCGAGUGCUUCUGAGCAGCGGAAGUAAAUAUGAGAUGAAACAGGAAGGGCCUUACACAAAAUUGAUUGUCCACAACAUACAAGAUAGCGAUGCUGGAAAAUAUACUUGCAAAACCAAGGACAGCCAAUCAACUGCCGAGCUUUCGGUACUGGGUAAGUUGCCAAAAUCAGACAGAACAUGUUUACCACCAAGUUUCACUAUCAUGCUUGCCAACCAAGAGGUCAUUGAGGGCAACAGUGUGUUUCUGCGCUGUGAGCUGAACAAACCUGCCCAUUCAGUGGAGUGGAGAAGAGGAGAGGUGGUGCUGAAGCAAGGAAAUAAGUACCAGAUGAGGAAGAAGGAUUUGCAGCUAGAGAUGACUAUUGGGGAUAUCACUCUUGAAGAUGCUGGUGAUUACACCUGUAUUUGCGGCGAAGAAAGUACCACAGCUUGGCUUGCAGUAAAUGAACGACCUGUCAAAUUCCUCCAUGAACUGAGUAAUAUUGAAGUGCAGGAGGGUAAUGGGGUAACACUUUGCUGCCAGCUCUCUAAAGCAGAGCUCACUGCUCAGUGGAUGAAGGGAGAUGAAGUGUUGACCAAUGAUGAAAAAUACCAGCUCAAGCAGAGAGGCUCUACAUUGGAACUGCUCAUCAGAAAGAGUCAGCCCGAAGACACUGGCGUUUACAGCUGCGUUUGUGAAGACGUUAAAACGACUGCCACAAUUAUAAUCACUGCAAUUCCAGUGACAUUCAAACAAAAGUUGAAGAAUCAAGAAACAGUGGAGGAGAGCAGCGUGACGCUCCACUGUGAGCUCACCAAGCCAGGAGUUCCUGUCGAGUGGAGAAAGGAUGCUCAGCUCCUGAUAGAGGGAGCCAAGUAUUUGAUGAAGCAAGAGGGCAGGGUGUGUGAGAUGCUGAUCACAGAUUUAAUGCUCAAGGAUGCUGGAGAAUACAGCUGCUCUGUUGGUACAGCAGUGACUUCAGCUGAUAUUAAAGUACGAGCUCUUCCUAUUACAUUUAAGCAAGAAAUUCAAAAUUUGGAAGUGAAGGAAGGUGACAGUGGAGUGUUCAGCUGUGAGUUAUCAAAACCUGGAGCUUCGGUUGACUGGAGGAAAGGAAGAGUGAUCCUGAAGCCUGGUUACAAAUAUGAAAUGAAACAGGAGGGAAAUUUCACCAAACUGUUUGUCAACAAUGUUGAAGAGAGUGAUGCCGGGAAGUACACUUGCAAGACUAAAGACAGCCAAUCUACUGCCGAGCUCACAGUGAAAGCACCUCCCAUCACAUUUAAAACUAAGUUAAAGAAUCUGCAAGUAGAGGAGGAGAACAGUGUGACGUUGACGUGUGAAUUGUCCAAGCCUGGCCUUUCUGUGGAGUGGAGAAAAGGCCAAGAGUUGCUGAAGAAUAAUUUCAAGUAUCAGCUAAGAAAUCGGAACAGUACAAUGGAGCUAACCAUCAAAAACACUCAACUGGACGACAGUGGAGUCUAUAGCUGUACCUAUGGCGACACGAAGACUGUAGCCAACAUCACCAUUACACCAAUCCCACUCACCUUUAAAUUGGGUCUAAAGAACCAGGAAGCCGCAGAGGGAGGCAACGUGACCCUACGAUGUGAACUGUCUAGGACUGGGGUUUCUGUUCAGUGGUGGAAGGGAGAGGACCAGCUCCAUCAAGGCGGCAGGUACAAGAUGACUCUGAAGGAGAACAUAGCUGAGAUGAGCAUCAAAAAUAUCCUGCCAGAGGACGUCGGGGAGUACAGUUGUGUCUUUGGUGAUCAGAGGACCACAGCUGAAGUGAACGUAAGAGCGGCUGCAUCAGUGUUCUUUGAGAAGGAACUGGAAAGCCAAGCAGUGAUGGAGGGCAAAUCGGUGCUGAUGUCAUGUGAAGUUUCCAGUGCGAAUGUCCCAGUCACUUGGAAGAAGGACAACACUACCAUUGAAGAAGGGGAACGACUAACUAUUAUGAAAAAAGGGCCUAGACAUAUGCUUGAAAUCAAGCAGUUGCACCUGGAAGAUGCUGGCGAAUACUGCUGCAUCACUAGGGGCAAGAAGACCACUGCCAAGCUGAUAGUGAGGGAGCGAGUGCAAAUUGUUAAAGAGCUAAAAGACCUGACUGUGUGUGCCGGGGAGGACGCCAUAUUUGUGUGCGAGCUUAGCCAUGCCAAUGUGAAUGAGGGUGCGUGGUGGCUGGGCUCCAGUCCACUGCAAAAGAACGAAAUGAACCAGAUGACGUGCCAGGGACGCCAACACCGGCUUGUCCUCACCAUGACAACACCAGAGGAAACCGGCAUUGUAGCAUUUGUGAUUGGGGGGGAAAGAACAUCAGCAAAUCUUCUAGUGGUUCCCAAGCCCAAAGUUUUAUUUGAAGAGAAGCCUCAAGAUCUCCUAAUAUUGGAAGGAGAAAUUGCUACUUUGUCUUGCACAACCACUGAUUUUACCACCUCCGUUACCUGGACGCGCAACCAUAUUCCUCUCAGAAACAGUGACAAAUUUGAGAUGCGUAAAGAGGGAAAGGUUAAUUUGCUGCUGAUUCAUGCUGUGGAGCCCCUGGAUGCAGGAAUUUACUCCUGCGAUACAGGCGAUGAACAGGCCAGUGCCAAGCUUACUGUAAAAGAGCUCCCCCCAUUUUUCCAGGAAGAGUUGCAAAGUGUUGAGACUGAGGAGGGAAGCUCGGCCGUCCUGUACUGUGAGCUGUCCAAAUUUGGGCUGCCGAUACAAUGGAAGAAGAACAGGUUGCCUCUGAGGCCCGGAAGGAAGUAUGAGAUGAAACAAGAUGGUUGUUUCCUCCAGCUUCACAUCAAGGAUCUUAGAAUAGAGGAUAGUGGCAGUUACAUGUGUCAAGCAGGAAAUGCGGAAACUACUGCAACGGUAACUGUUAAAGAGCUAUCACCAUUCUUCAAAAAAGAUUUGCGAAAUGUGCGGAUGGAUGAGGGAGGAUCAGCUACUUUGAGCUGUGAGCUGUCUAAACCUGGUGCACCAGUGCAAUGGAAGAAGAACAAACUGCCGCUGAGGGCAAGCGGGAAGUAUGAGAUGAAACAAGAUGGCUGCCUCCUCCAGCUUAUCAUCAUAGACCUCAAACCUGAAGACAGUGGCAGCUACUCCUGUCAUAUAGGGAGUGUAGAAUCAUAUGCAACUUUGACAGUAAAAGAACUACAGCCAUUUUUCAAAGAAAACUUACAGAAUGUAAGGGCAGAGGAGGGAAGUAUUGCCUCCUUGUGCUGUAAGCUAUCAAAGCCAAACACUGUAAUACAAUGGAAGAAGAAUAGGGUGCCAUUGAAAGCAAGCAACAAGUAUGAGAUGAAGCAGGAUGGCUGCCUCCUCCAGCUUAACAUAAAGGAGCUUAAACCCGAGGACAGUGGAAGUUACACGUGUCAAGCAGGAAGUAUAGAGACCACUGCAACUGUGUCAGUAAAAGAGCUGCCUCCAUUCUUUGUGACAAACUUACAAAAUAUUGACGUGGAGGAGGAAGGUUCAAUCUCCCUGUCUUGUGAGCUGUCCAAACUGGGAGCAACAGUGCAAUGGAUGAAGAACAGACUGCCGCUGAGGGCCAACAGAAAGUAUGAGAUGAAACAAGAUGGCUGCCACCUUCAGCUCAAAAUCAUUGAUGUCAAACCUGAGGAUAGUGGUAGCUAUACUUGUGAAGCAGGAAACGCAGAAACCACUGCAACUGUUUCUGUGAGAGUACUUCCAGUUACUUUCAAAACGGAACUGCAACAUGUGGAGGCAGUGGAAGGAGAUACUGCCAUCCUGUGCUGUGAACUUUCUAAAUCUGCUGUAUCAGUACAAUGGAAGAAGAACAGGUUACCUCUGAGGGCCACUAGGAAGUAUGUAAUGAAACAAGAGGGCUAUCUCCAACAGCUUAAGAUCAUGGACCUCAAACCUGAAGAUGGUGGAACCUACACAUGUCAAGCAGAAAGUGCAGAGACCUCUGCAACUGUAGCUGUGAGAGAGCUCCCAUUAUUCUUCAAAGAACAAUUGCAAAGUGUAGCGGCAGAGGAGGGAGGCACUGUCUCUCUGCAAUGUGAGCUGUCCAAACCUGGGAUACCAGCGCAAUGGAAAAAGAACAGGUUGCCUCUAAAGGGCAACAGGAAGUUUGAGAUGAGACAAGAUGGUGCCCUGCUGCAGCUCAAUAUCAGUGACCUCAAGCCUGAGGAUGGUGGUAGCUAUGCAUGUCAUGCUGGAAGUGCAGAGACUGUGGCAACUUUGUCUGUAAGAGAACGCCCAGUUUCAUUUAAGGCUGACUUGCAAGGUAUGGAGGCAGAAGAAGGAGAUACUGCUCUCUUGUGCUGCGAGCUGUCCAAACCUGGAGUCGCAGUGCAAUGGAAAAAGAACCGUCUGCCAUUGAGGGACAACAGGAAGUAUGAGAUGAAACAAGAUGGCUGUCUUAUCCAACUCUCUAUCAAAGACCUCAGACCUGAGGACAGUGGAAGCUACACAUGUCAUGCAGGCAGUGCAGAGACUUCUGCAACUGUAGCUGUGAAAGAGCUACCCUUAAUUUUCAAAGAAAAAUUAGAAAGUAUGGAGACACAGGAGGGAGGUUCAAUCUCUCUAUGCUGUGAGUUGUCUAAAGUUGGAGUGCCAGUACAGUGGAAGAAAAACAGGCUCCUACUGAGGGACAACGUUAAGUAUGAGAUGAAGCAAGAUGGAUGCCUUCUGUCACUCAACAUCAAGGACCUCAAAGUUGAAGACAGUGGUACUUACACGUGUCAAGCAGGAAGUAUAGAGACUGCAGCAACUUUGUCAGUGAAAGAACUCCCAGUGCUGUUUGUGACAGACCUACAAAACAUAGAGGUAGAGGAGGGAGAUUCAGCAUCGCUAUGCUGUGAGCUGUCUAAACCUGGAGUGCGAGUACAGUGGAAGAAGAACAGACUACCUCUGAGGGCCAACUCAAAGUAUGAAAUGAGACAAGAUGGAUGUCUGCUUCAACUCAACAUCAAAGACCUCAAGCCUGAGGACAGUGGUAGCUACUCAUGUCAAGCAGGAAGUGCAGAGACUGUGGCCACUUUAUCAGUGAAAGAGCUGCCACCGUUGUUUGUGAAAGAUCUACAAAGCAAAGAGGUGGAAGAGGGGGGUUCAAUCUCUCUGUGCUGUGAGUUGUCUAAACCUGGAGGGAAAGUGCAGUGGAAGAAGAACAAGCUACCUCUCAGGGCCAACAGGAAGUAUGAGAUGAAGCAAGAUGGCUGUCUCCUUCAACUCAACAUCACAGACCUCAAACCUGAGGACAGUGGUAGUUACUCGUGUCAAGCCGGAAGUGAAGAGACUGUGGCCACUUUAUCAGUGAAAGAGCUUCCACCGUUGUUUGUGAAAGAUCUGCAAAGCAUGGAGCUGGAAGAGGGAGGCUCACUCUCUUUAUGCUGUGAGCUGUCCAAACCUGGAGUUCAAGUGCAGUGGAAAAAGAACAGGCUGCCUCUGAGGGCCAACAGUAGGUAUGAGAUGAAGCAAGAUGGCUGCCUUCUCCAGCUCUAUGUCAGGGAACUCAAGCCAGAGGACAGUGGGACCUACACCUGUCAAGUAGGACGGGCAGAAACCAGUGCAACAGUUUCUGUAAAAGAGAUCCUUCCACUGUUUAAGAAAAAACUCCAAAGUAUAGAGGCAGAGAAGGGAGCUACAGCUGUCAUGUCUUGUGAGCUGUCAAAACCUGCAGUGUCAGUGCAGUGGAAGAAGAACACACUACCACUAAAGGUGAGCAGGAAGUAUGAAAUAAAACAGGAUGGCUGCCUCCUCCAGCUUCACAUAAAGGAGCUUCAUCCCGAGGACAGCGGCAGUUACACCUGUCAAGUAGGAAGUGCAGAGACCACUGCAACUGUGACCGUAAAAGAACUCCCCAUCUUCUUCAAGAAAGAAUUACAAAACAUGGAGACAGAGGAGGGAGGUGCAGUCAUCUUGUGCUGUGAACUGUCUACCACUGGAGUGUCAGUACAAUGGAAAAAGAACAGAAUAACAAUCAGAGCAAACAAGAAGUACGAAAUGAAGCAGGAUGGCACGUUAGUCCAACUUCAUGUCAAGGAUCUUAAUCCACAAGACAGUGGAAGCUACUUAUGUCAAGCAGGGAAUGCAGAGACCACUGCAGUACUGACUGUAAAAGCACCAAAGACUCCACCAAUUGAAGAACCUUCUGUGAUACUGCCACGGACAAGAAAUACCGCUUCCAAAUCUGAAAAUGACAUUCUCCCUGAUGCUCACCCAAGCCUUCCAGAGCCUAAGAAGAGGACAUUGCGAAAAGCAUCCAUCACUGCUUUAGAACAAAAUGAAAAGCUCACGUUGAACAUAAAACAACCUAUCCAGUCUUUAUCAAGAGAUGUAAAAGACCAAAAAGAUAUCCAGACAGAAAAAUCUACAGAGACAGAAUUUGACAAUGUUCGAGCUUCAAACCGACAUGAGGAUAUAAUUGACAAAGAUGGAGAGGUUUGCGAAAGACCAGCAAUGUUAGUUGAGGAGGAGCAUGAUAUUGAAAAAGCUAACAUGGAGAACAUACAACCAGCAAAACGACAGACUAAGGCAGAAGUGACUCAGCUAGGUAGGAUUUUUGGAGACAAUAGUGCUGAUCAACAGACCCAGAUAUUUCAAUCCCUGGAAAUGGAUCAAAAUCAAAAAGAGAAAUCCUGCGAAAAAGUCAGAGAAGUUGAGAAAAUAGAACAUCCAGAGACAAUGUUGUGGAAGAGAGUCGAAGAAGAAAAGAAAACUGUUAAUCCAUUAGUAAUGUCUAUUGGAAACAAGAUGAUAGAACACGAAGCAAAGCUGACUGCUGAGGAUAGUGAAAUAGGGAAGACGGAAGAGGACGUUAAAGCGCCUGUGAGGUUAAAGGGAAAGGCAACAGUGGGAGGAAAAGAGCCUCCAGAAUAUCUUGAAAAAGAAUCUGAGGUGCCUAUCAAACAGCCAUCAAACUCUACAGUCAUUGACUCCAAUGAAGUAAAUACACAGAGAAACCAUUUGAAACAAGCUGUGACCACAGAGAGAGUAGAGGUACAAGUGAUACAAGAGCCAUCUGUGAAUCAGCAGAACAGACGCUCUGUAAAAGGAUCAGAACUACCUCAAGAUACAAAAAUAGAAAAUAAGAUAAUUCCUCCAAAGCCACCUGUGAGAACAAAAAGCAAAACAAAAACAGAGAAAGAACUGUCAAGAGACACUGACACUGAUCAAGAUGAGCAACUGCUGCGACAAAAACAGGUUGCAAGGUCUUUGAAAGAAGAGCAACCAAGACUUGAGCAAAACAAGUCGGUAACAGCAAGUGCUGAACUGUUGGAGACAACGGUUGUCCACAAACAGUUGAUCAAACAUCCAGUAAAGCCCAUGAGAAAAGAAUCUGAUGUGGACAAUGAAAUAGCUGCCAGAUCAAUGGGAAGUAAGGAAGAAGAAGAAGUACAAAUGACAGAAGAUGUUCCACUUCUCUACAUCUCUGAAGAUGAAACUUUCUCAGAAGCUUUAGCCGAGAUCCCAACUGACUAUAGCAUUAUCCAACAUGGGGGCUUUCAAGAUGAAACAUCAACCCAACCCUACACGCCUCCUACAGUUUUGGUUCUCCAGAAAACAGUUAAGGAUGCUCCUCCAGAGAUUCAGAUCAGUGCCGAAGAUGAACCACAAAUACAGCUGGAUACAGUCAAGAUCCGGACCCCUUUCCAUGGUUACAAGCCUGACAAAGAUUCAAAACCGGUCUUGAAAGAGGUCUUCAAGAACCAGUGCGUGGAUGUAAAUAAUACACUCAGUCUACGGUGUAACGUAGAAGGGCAGUAUGACAGCGUGCGUUGGCUUAAAGAUGGUCAACCAAUCAGUAGUGAUAAACGACAAUCUGUUGAGACCACAGAUGGCGGCUUAUGCUCUCUUGUAAUUAAAGAAGUGACACUCAGUGACAGUGGCAUUUAUACUUGUGAGGUGGUCAAUAAAUUUGGCGUUACGUCCUACAACGGAAACAUAACAGUGGUGCCGCCCCAACAACCUGUUCAGAUAGCGCGCAGACCUGUGCAUCCACCACUAGCUGCAAUAACUCCAUUGCAGUUGGCUCCACUUAGGUCUGAGGACAAAACACAGAUUCCAGAUCAGGUAGUUUCAGCGACUGAUGCUGAUAACUAUGUUGAGAAUGUGGACGUCUCUUUAUGGGAGGCUUACAACCUGACAGAACAAAACAUUCAGAUGAGCCGACAAGAGAGGAGACCAUCAUCUCUCAUCGCUACCAGUUCUAUGUCAAGUCCAUCUGAUUAUGACACGGCACCAGAUAUGCUGGAGCCUGAUGAAAUUAAAACCCCUUCACCGAGGGAGGUUGCAGAGACAACAGAACAAAUUCCUCCAAAGGACUUGGAUGAACAAUUCCCUGAUUCUUUCAAUGUCAAGAAUUUAUUACAAGUUAAAGGCCCCCAAGACGACCGAAUGAGGACACCAUCUCCUAAACACCAUAGGGCCUACACACCUUUAACCAGCACUGUGUCUGGAUCAGAGUCUGAAGGGGAAGAAGAUCAGCACGAGAUAUUUGAAAUGUAUGUGGCUCGAGUAGACUGCAACCCCAACAGCGGAACCAAAGACAGUUUUCUACUGAAGGAGGGUCAGUACAUGGAGGUUCUAGACUCUGUUCAUCCAGACAAAUGGCUCGUAAGAACCAAACCCACCAAAACAAACCCUGCAAGACAGGGAUGGGUGUGCCCAGCCUACCUGGAGAAGAAGAGAAAGGAAGCCUUCAUACAACAGCGGACACCCCAAGAGGAUCUUGAUGGAAUUGGUUCCACAGGAGAAGAGUACAGGAGGGCUUUGAGCCAACUGAUCCAAGGUCUGAUUGAUGGUGAAGAUGAGUUUGUGAAGGAGAUGAAGAUGUUUAUUUCUCAUCCACUAAAUUACUUGGAUUCAAGUCGCCAUGUCCCAGUCAACAUCGUUAACCAGAAAGAUAUUAUUUUCAGAAAUAUAAAGGACAUUGUCUCUCUUCACGAGAAGUCUAUUCUCCCCGGGUUGAGAGAGUGUGCCACUGAUGAUGAUGUUGCCAUGCAUCUGAUCCAGCACUCAGAGGACUUUGAAAAAUAUGUUCACUACAUUCUGGGUCAACCACAAGCAGAGGCCUGCAUUGCUGAUAAAGCUAUCCAACAGUAUCUUAAAGAAUUACCAGGAUCUGGUAGACCUGAGGCACCUGUCAUUGAUUCCCUGACCUUCCUCCAAAGACCAGUUGAAAGGAUCCAGACAUAUCAAGCAUUAAUGAAGGAAUUAAUUAAGAACAAGACAAAAAGCGGCCAAAACUGCUGUCUGUUGGAAGAUGCAUUCUCCCUUGUGGCCUGUCUACCUUGGAGAUCUGACAACCUUCACCAGGUGUCACUCAUUGAGAACUACCCCGCUCCUUUGACUGCUCUGGGUGAGCCUUUGCGGCAGGGGACCUUCACAGUGUGGGAUGACGCUCCAGAAACAAAAAAAACCUCUAGAGGGCACCAAAGACAAGUAUUUCUGUUCAAAGAAUGCAUAGUUCUAUGCAAACUGAAAAAAGAUGCCAGUAAGAACUGUGACACAUAUGUAUUCAAGAAUAAAAUGAAGCUAAAUGAUAUUGAGCUGAAGGAAACAACGGGAUGUGAUGAGAAGACAUGGGAGCUGUGGCAUGAACACAGGGGCUCGGUGCGGAGGUACACAAUACAGGGCCGUUCACCACUAGUGAAACUUUCCUGGCUUAAGGACCUGAAGGAUCUGCAGCAACGAUCCAUCCUGCCCACUAACAAUCCCCCUGUGUUUAAAUCACCACUGUCGGACUGCACAACUAAGAUCGGACAGACCAUCAAACUGAGCUGCAAGGUCGCAGGAUUGCCUCAACCAGUCAUCACUUGGCUCAAAGAUGGCCUUGUGUUGGAGGAUGACCCCCGGCACAUUAUCACAGCAGACAGGUCAGGCACGUGCAGUCUGAUCUUGGACAGCUUGACUGCAGAAGACGCUGGACAAUAUAUGUGCUACGCUACCAGCAGCAUGGGUAGUGCUGGCACUCUGGCUACUGUUAUAGUGCAGGCUCCACCCAGGUUUGUGAGUCGUCUUGAAAGUACUUGCCUGAUUGAGAAUGAAGACAUCCAGUUUAGUUGUUCCACACUCACAACUCCGUUGCCCAAAAUCAGGUGGAUUAAGGAUGAUAACGAGUUGACUGACAAGCAAAAAUAUUCAGUCUUGAAUGACCCUCGAAGUGGAAUUUUAUCUCUAACAGUCAUUGGUGCAACAGAGGCCGACAUCGGACUCUAUGAGUGUGAGCUUUCAAAUGAAUUUGGUUGUGUCAAGUGCAAAGCUGGACUAUGCCCUUCCUACAUUGCUCCAAACGACUCAGACAGUGAACAAAUACACGACUUGCCUCCGAAAGACGCCGACUCUGAUGGUUGGUCCUCUGCUUUUGUGAAGAAAUGGCUACAAACAGAUUUCACACCCACCUCUAUUGCGCAGAGACUUUUCCCAUCCAUUCAAGAACAAGCUGAGAGUAGUAUUGCAGAAGUUCCUCAGUUAGCAUCUGUGGAUCAGCCAACACUGCCACAACUUCCAUGUUACGCUGAAGAGGAAGAAGAAAUUUAUAUCUCAGAGCAAUUGGAGGAAAUUACAGAUGUUCCUCCCUUCAUCCAAGUACCCCCAGAAGAUAUCUAUGUGGAACCUGGCCAAAAAGCAACAUUUACCGCUAUCAUUACAGGAAGGCCUACGCCACAGAUACAGUGGUACAAGGAUGGGGAAGAACUUAGAGCCAGUAAAAAUGUGGAGAUAGUACAACAUGCCGCCCGCUGCUCAGUAACCAUAGUGUGUCCAGAAGGGGAAGACAGUGGCAUUUACACGUGCUUCUCCUACAAUGACUCUGGCCACGUUUCGUGCCAGGCCCAGCUUACAGUGGAGGAAGGUCCGCUGGGGUCUCAGGAAAGAGAAGUGGAGCUGGGGAAAAGAAGGAAGUUAUUUGCAGUCUAUGAUGUUGGUGCAGAAAUUGGGAGGGGAACAUUUGGAGUAGUGAAGCGUGUGAUCCACAGAGGAACAGGUGAAGUUUUUGCUGCCAAAUUCUUACCGCUGCGAAGCAGCACCCGCACCCGGGCUUUCAAGGAGAGGGAUCUGCUAUCUCGUCUGGCUCAUCCCCGGGUGGCUUGUCUACUGGACUUCUUUUGCACCCGGCGCACACUGGUGCUAAUUACAGAACUCUGCUGUUCUCAUGGCCUUGUAGACCAUUUGUUACUCAGAGGAUUAGUCUCAGAGAAAGAGGUUCAGUCAUAUAUCCAGCAAGUUCUUGAAGGAGUUGGACAUAUACACAGCAUGAACAUUUUGCAUCUAGACAUCAAACCAGAGAAUAUCCUCAUGGUAUAUCCACCCAGAGAUGAAAUCAAGAUUUGUGACUUUGGCUUCUGCCAGGAAGUAGACACAUCCAGACAUCAGUAUAGCAUGUUUGGUACGCCAGAGUUUGUUGCACCUGAAGUUGUACAUCAAGAACCCGUCAGUGGGGGCACAGAUAUUUGGUCGGUGGGUGUGAUGGCAUAUCUAUGUCUAUUAUGUCGUUGUCCCUUUGUGGGCGAGACGGACCGUGCUACACUGCUGAGAGUGGGUGAAGGCACCCUAAACUGGGAUGCGCCUGAUGUGAUGAGUAGGAGUCCAGAGGCCCAGAGCUUUCUGCGUAGUCUUCUUCAACCAGACCCUGAGAAGCGUCCUUCAGCCUUUGAAUGCUUGAGCCAUGAAUGGUUCCAGGAUGAAAAUGCAGGUGAAGAUACAGAUGAAAUUAACACGAAGGGUUUAAAGGUGUUCAUUUCAAAAAGAAAAUGGCAGCGUUCCUUGACAUGCGUUGGUUCCGUGCUCACAUUAAGGCAAAUACCUGAGCUCCUGGAUGCUCCUCUCAGAGAUACCGCAGUGACUGUACCCCGUGAACACAUGCAGAACAGCAGUACUUCUAUGAGCAGUGGUUCAUCAUCUGAAUAUGAUGAAGCUGAUUCUUGGGACUUUUUCCAGUACUGCAGCCCAAGUGAUGAAGAGGAAGAUGAAACAGAAGAGGACUAUGAUACUCUGAGCGAGAGAGCACGGAUUCCAGAACCUUUUGCUAAACUUCAUCAAGGCCUAUACGAGGAGGAAGAUGUAGCAUUUGGGGAUGAGGAGGAGGAUGAGCUGGUUAGUCCGAAGGGUGUGCUAGAACGGAGUGUGAGUAGGCAGUCGGCUGCAUCGUCAGAUGUUUCAUACUUGCAAACACCUCAGAAUGAACGAAGGUUCAACAAGGGCAGUAGUCACUCUCUCAACUUUUCCGACGGUGAUGAAGGUUCAGGGAGUGAUGCGGGUAAAAUACCUCGAGGCAGCGUGAUCCGGAGCACUUUCUACAGCUCUUCUCAUCAGCUUUCACCCAUGUCUGCCAGAAACAUGACAUUGCGGGACAAGUUUCAGGCUAAAAAGCAGGAAAGAGGUCGAAAGCCACUUCGAAGAAGCUUGUCAGGGCGUCUUAAUGAACCUCUCAUAGAAUAUGUAGAGGAUGACACCGAGACCAACCGCAGCCAGAGACGGGGAUCCGUCCAGCCCACGAUGCACAAGUCUACUUCCUUUGACGGCAGUGUCAACCGCAUCCAAACCAAUGUUCCACCUCACAGAAGGAGCAGGUCUCUUGACGGGUACUCUCGGCGAUCUCCUAGUUCGCCCAAGCCCUCAAAGCCAGGUGACGAAGAAGGUACGCAAAGUCUGAAAGAGGAUUUCACAGAUGAUGAAGUGGUAGGAAAGAAAUUGCUGGCAAUUCCAAGCCCCCGCAGACCCACAAGAAGACGGGGUUCAGUUGUUCCUGUGCAAGACGCUGCCACAUUGGGUGGUAGAUCUGCUCCAAUAAGCAUAUCUAUGGGUGGCAAAAUAAGUCGGGACCAAUCUGAUGGGGAAGCAUUCACUGGUUCCCAGGGUUCCUUGGCUGAGUCAUUUAUUUUGGAGCAUGAUGGCUCUGAGUCCUCCAGUAGACUUGGUUCAUAUGAGGAGCUCAGAGGGAGGUACAAAUCAGAAGAUAGUGAUGUCUAUGAUGAUCCGCGGGAGCCCUUGUCUUCUUCAUGCCCUCGCUCAUUUCAAGAACUUAGACCCAGAGGCCCCUUUCCUCAAGCUCCACCACGUAACCGCACGCGCUCCCACCCCAACAUAUGCAACAUGCAGACUUCAGCAACACCCAGUCCAAGUCCUAGCCUCUCCUCUUUACAGGCUCCUGAAAGGCCUCCUAGAGCCAAAGAUAAGAAAGACAACCGCGGCCUUCAAAGACAUGCAUCUGCACCAGCUCUUGAAAUUCAGCCACCAGCAGGAAAAUCCCCAAAACUGGGGCUACUGAAGAUGUUCCGCAGGCAGUCCUGGGCUAGCCAUUCCUACUCACAGUUAGACAGCAGAGAGUUAGGACCAACGCUAGGAGAGAUCAUGAAGCCAGAUACACCGACCAUGUCCCUUAGGAAGAGAAUGAGAGCUUCAGCCUCAAGUCUGACCAAGCUGUUUUCAAGGUCAUCUAGUCAGGAUGAUCUAAGUAAAGGCGGGCCAAUAGUUAAGGGAUCUACUUUUCCUGAAAAGGAAUAUAGUUUUGAGAUUCCUAAAAAGAGGACCUCAAAGCGUUUGCCUUCUUUUAAGAUACCAGCGUUCAAAAAAUCGAAAGAGCUUCUCAUCCGUCCAAACAAGGCAGAUGUGCUACAUUUGGACGGAGGUGGAGUUCUACUGGUCUGGAAGCCUGUCCAGUCUAGUGACCCUGUUACCUACUGUGUGCAGUACUGUACAGAUGGUGGGGAGUGGACAGUCCUAUCGGAGGACGUUAGUGACAGCAGUUAUGUGGCAAGGGACCUACCCAGAGGAAUGUCUUAUGUUUUUAGGGUGGGUUGCAUAACUAAGAUGGGAGCAGGGCCUUUCAGUGACGCGUCUGCCCCAGUCGUCAUGGCAACUCACUCUGAAGAUGCAAACAUUCCUCUCAUUCAGACUGAGUGCCUGGGUUCAAAAGUUACUGGGUCAGAAAAUCAAGCAAAUCAGAGGCAUUAUAACUUCCUCUCAGAGAUCAAUAGGGGUCGUUUCAGUGUGGUCAACUUAUGUCGUGAUGCUGAAACAAGCCAAGUGUUUGCUGCCAAAAUAACACCUUACAGAGCAGAGCAGAGACAGUUGGUUCUCAGGGAAUAUCAGCUGCUGAGGAGGCUUCACCAUCCCCACCUGGUACAGCUGCACACUGCUUACAUCACAUCCUGUCACCUGGUGCUCGUGGAGGAGCUCUGUCCUGGCAAAGAGUUGCUCGACAGUCUAGCUGCAAGAGAUCUGUACUCGGAGGCUAACGUAGCUGAGCUGCUAUGUCAAAUCCUGAGUGCAGUCGACUAUCUUCAUGGCCGGCGAGUGGUCCAUCUAGACCUCAAAUCUGACAAUAUGCUGGUGGAUGACGGCAACCACCUGAAGAUUGUGGAUUUCGGCUCGGCCCAGUCUUUCAUACCUGGUCAACCUCUCCACACCGAGCACCUGCACGGCCAAUCAGAGAGCAAAGAACGCUGCGGCAAAGUUUAUAUUGUCCUCCCUAAAGCUCCGGAAAUCCUGGAGGGUCAAGGUGUUGGGCCUGAGACUGAUGUUUGGGCGAUUGGAGUUCUCUUAUUUAUUAUGUUGAGUGCUGAUAGCCCGUUUCACUCAGAACUGAGUUGGGAACAAGACAAAAACAUCAAGAAAGGGAAGAUCCAGUUUGGGCGCUGUUAUCCUGGUUUGUCAGAAGGAGCCUUGAACUUAAUGAAGAUAAGCCUUAAUAACAAAUCCUGGGGGAGACCCACUGCGGCCGAGUGUCUCCAGAAUUCCUGGCUGCGCGCUCAUCGUGCUCCCCACCGAUCACGCCAAUCUAAGGUGUGUUUCUCCACUGAUAAGCUCAAAGCGUAUCUCGCACAGAAGGAAGAGAAGAGAGAUCAAGUGCGGAUCAAGAUUCAAGGUCCCUUCUUCCAAUAG